AUGGUGAUAGAGAACAGUUCGGGUGACAGAGAAGAAGAUCAAGACGAAACGGACGACAGGAUUGAGGGACACUUUGUCAGGCCUACCGCGAUACCUGCUACCCGUUCUGAUAUAGAAGGAAGUUUGUACACCCAUACGGGGCUACCGUAUCCUGAAGGCGCGUUACCCGAUCCUACGGCGUAUUCUGCAACAUCGCUCGCAUCAGCCUCUUUAUUGUACAGUAGCUGGUUUGCUCAAACAAAACCUGGUCAGCUGUUUGGCUUGCAAGCACCUAAACCGAGCGGCAGGAGAUCUAGGAAACCGGGUAUCGAUCGGAAACCGCGUCAAGCUUACAGCGCGAAACAACUGGAAAGACUCGAGGCGGAGUUUAAGAUCGACAAAUACCUCAGCGUGAGCAAGCGAAUGGAACUGUCCAAGUGUCUGAAUCUCACUGAGGUGCAGAUCAAGACAUGGUUCCAGAAUCGCCGCACUAAGUGGAAAAAGCAGCUGACGUCGCGGCUGAAAAUCGCACAAAGACAAGGACUCUUUCCGCCGACGUACUUCCCGACCACCCAGUACCCUCUCCUGCCGUAUUACGCGGCGCCUUUGAUGUUCGGCAGCCCGUUAUCGGACGACGCGAGCUCUAACUUGCCGGCGCGACCCACCGUAUCGUCCUCGGAUACGGUCUGA